AUGUCUAAAUACUAUAAGCCCUCCCGGCAAACCGAAACGAUACAUUACAGAAGCCGCCUUUUCCUAUCACGAUUUCACCCUGCCCGUCGUUCUUCUACAUUAGCAGGUGAUUCACAAAAGCCUAGUAGCAAUAGAAAGAAGGAAUUUGUCCCUCAAUCACUCCGCCAUCCUUUGGGUUUGCCGCACCCGCCUUCUGCUGGCCAAAAUACUGGCAUCAAUUCCCAAACCCUUCGCCAGCGCAAACAUGAUUUCCUAAGUCAAGACAAACAUAUGGAACGCAGAGCUCUACUUGUGAGGGAAUUUUCAAAGCCUUACUUUGGCGAUUGGACUAGAAUGCGCUAUCAGAAAGGCAAAACUUUUAUAUCGAAUUCACACCUUUUUAAGGGCGACAAAGCGCUUUAUUUUCCUAAUCUUAAGGGUCGGACAUUAGAUCUUUCCAAACCCUUGCAGGAUACUACACCUGUGCUGGCUGGGAAGAUCUCCGUUGUCAGCAUUUUCUCCAGCCUGUGGGCUGAGCGCCAAGCCGCGUCUUUCGUCGGCCUUCAGAAAAACCCAGCAUUGCACCAGAUGAUUCAAGAAUCAAAUUUGAUCGCGCAGCGAGUAGAGAUUAAUUCUGAGGACAAUUGGCUUAAGGCAUUCCUUGUGCGUUGUUUUAUGGGGAGCAUGCGGCGAAAUGUCCCUCAGGAACAGCACAAACGGUACUUCCUUGUAACAAAGGGAUUCACAAAUUACAUUAGAGAUCAAAUUGGAUUCACGAAUGGGAAAGUCGGGUACGUCUACCUUUUGGACGACAUGUGCCGUAUUAGAUGGGCAGGAAGCAGUAUCGCAACUUCCAGUGAGAUAAAAUCUUUGAAUGACGGUCUUCGAAAAUUAAUAGAGGAAAAGAGACCAAGAGCAAGGUAA